GGCAGCUCUGUGACCAGUGCUCCGCCGGUGUCAGUAAACCAACAUGUCUGCGCCCUGAAGGAUGCUGCUAACGGCGUGAAGGGACAGGACGAACGACAGUGGAUGGAUUCUCAUCUGACUUUGAGGCAGAUUUAAAGCUUUUAAGGCGGACCAGAAUGUCAAAGAUCUCCAAAGCCGCUAAGACGGUGAAGAAAUUGGAUGUGUCUGGCGUAAUCCGGACUAUAGUGAGGUCAGGACAAGCAGCCCCUGGACCCCCGCUGGGCCCCAUCUUGGGACAGAGAGGAAUCCCCAUUGCACAGUUCUGCAAGGACUUCAAUGAGAAAACCAAAGAGAUGAAGGAGGGCAUCCCUCUCCCAGUCAAGAUCCAUGUGAAGCCCGACAGAACAUAUGACCUGAAGAUCGGCCAACCCACUGUGUCAUACUUUCUGAAGCAGGCAGCGGGGAUUGCAAAAGGAGCCGGAAAAACAGGCCAUGAGAUAGCGGGGAUGGUUUCGGUGAGGGCGGUGUAUGAGAUCGCUCAGGUGAAAGCCCAGGAUGACUGCUUCACAAUGAGGAACACCCCUCUGGAGACAGUCGUCAAAUCCAUCAUCGGCUCUGCUCGUUCCCUGGGCAUCAAAGUUGUCGACGACCUCUCAGCUGAAGAGUACAAAGUCUUCUUGGAGCAAAGGGAGGAGAAGCUGAAAGCUGAUGCAGCAGCCGCCGCCGCAGCCGAGGCUUCAGCAGGCAAAAAGAAAUAAAGACCUCCAAUACGCUGAUUCCCCAUUCCUAUUUAUACUGAGUUUGUACAUGAAACCCAUUCAUAUGAAACACGUUACCGCUGUAUAUGUCUCAUCUUAAUAAACAAAACAUGUCAGAUUU